UGCAGAAGUGUGCGUACGAAAGCGGGGUAGGAAAACGCACAUCACUGCAUUCGGCAUCAGUUUUUUUCAAGAUGGCGAACGUGCGGGACAGCGACAUUUCUCUGUGGCUCCACAAUAAGCUUGGUACAUCAAACGAUUCAUGGAUAAGCGGCUCAAUCACGUCCCAGCUGAACAAGGAAGUGCUGCGAAACAUAAAAGAGUGUUUUCCCGACCUACAGACGCAGGUUAAGCUGAAACUGCUGUUAAGUUUUUUCCAAAUUCCGCGACGGAUCGUCGAAGAGUGGAAAACGGAGCUAGAGGAAGUGAUCGAAGUCGCUGGUCUCGAUUCGGAGCUAUGGGUAUCGAUGAUAGCGGAAACGAUAAAAACCUUCCCGACCACCGGGUCGCUGAACACGGAAAUUUCCGAUUACGAAGAGACGCGUCCCAUUUUCACAGACAUGGUCAACGAACUGCGGCGGUUGGUCGUGAAGAACGCCGACCUCGGUAUGCUACCUCUGGAAUGCCAGUAUCUCAACAAGUCGACGCUUGUUUCGGUGGUCGGGCAGCAGGCAACGCCAGUGAAACAUUUUACGCUAAAGCGUAAACCGAAAAGUGCAGCCUUACGGGCGGAGCUGCUGCAAAAGUCUUCCGAUGCGCAGAGCUGCCUCAAGAAGAUAUCUGCACCGACAGUGCCUUUACGGUCGCGUGGCAUCCCACGGAAAAUGACCGACACGACACCGCUCAAGGGUAUACCGUCGCGCGUACCGACCGGCGGCUUCCGUUCACCUCCGACUACACCCGGUCAGACGCGGCCUGGCCUUAGCCGAACGCCAGCCGGCCGAAAGGAUGGCGGUAUUAAACUGCUCGAGAUAGGCGAGCAACCGUUGGGCUACGCGGCAGCGAAAAAGCGCAAACGAGAGCAGGAGAAGGAAGAGCAGGCGAAGAAGGUGGCGGAACAGCAGGUUCAAAGUGCAAACGACACAAAACCGGCCACAGCAACGCCGGCUACAUCAAGCCCGACCGUUACGACCACGCCCGACUAUGCGGCAGGGUUGUCCGCACCGUCGACAGUGUACAGCCAGCCCGCCACACCAAUGCCGGCCACGUCCGGCAGCAAGGAUUCAUCUUCCAGCGUAAUGUCGACGUCGAUUGCAUCGAGUACGGCGCAGGUUCAGGCACAGCAGCCGCAACAACAGCAACAGCAAGCAACACCAACCUCACAGGCACCGCAGAGACCGCAGCAACCGACAAUAACGACCACUCAGCAAUCUCAGCAGCAACCAACGUCCUCUCAAACGACAGUCGCUUCAGCUGUGGCCGACGAAGAGGAGGAGGUUGAGAUGAAAGACCUGAAAACGGAAUCCAUUAGCUUAUCAACGCCCACCUCCCUACCGGUCAGUGUUGUGCCGAGCGUAAGUUCGGCACCUCCACCACUGGCCUAUCCCGCUACGAAAACACUUUCCGCAACGGUCAUCAAAACGGAAGCUGGCGGCGUUGGGACGGGUACGGUUGGCAGUUCUAUGGUAACGUUAUCAACCACGCAACCACCGUCGCUGGUGAGGACUGUGCCGCUGACACCUAAGCAGGCAAAAUCGGUGCUGCAGACCCAACCGGGAACGACGGGAGGCGUGCAGAUCAUCCAGAAAUCCACUGGCAAAACGAUCAGUGCGGCGGCCGCAGCUGCUGCGGCGGUAACGAGCAGCAGCAACACCAACCCGCAGCAGAAGAUUGAAAUCAUAUCGUCCGAAUCGAUCGUUCCCGGCACGUUGCACGCUUCCAUUCCAAAAUCGACGACCAUCAUCAACCGUGGCGGCAAUAUACUGUUCACCACGAAACAGGUGCAGCCCGGCACGACAACGGCUGGCGGUGGAGCCACAAUCAUACAGCAGAAAACGCCACUCACGUCGUACGUGCUUAAUACGUCCUCGCCCGGAAAACAGCUCAACAUUCAACGGAUAGUUUCGAACGCCAGCUCGGCCGGUACGCCCAGCUUGACCACAACGAUUUCGCGCGCCCCGCACCAACAGCAAUUGCUGCAGCAGCAACCGCAACAGAUUCAAGUGCAAGGACAACAGACCACUACGCAACCGACCCGGAUUGUACAAAUCAAGACAGCUCCCACUGUAUCGCUGGCCAACAAUCAGUUGAUGCAAAAUAUUCCGCCAUUAAUAUCUACCCAGCUGCCGGCCGGCUCGACGCAGCCGACGAUACUAAACAUUCAGUCCGUGCAACAGCAGCAGGGACAGCAGAACCAGCUGCAAAUUACGCCUACAGCGGUGCCGCAGAAGCGUACGAUCACGAUCACAGCACAAAACCCGCCAACGGCCGGUAUGACUACCUCCGUGGCACAAAUCCUGCAACAUCAGCAGCAGCUGCAGCAACAGCAGCAACAGCAGCAGCAGCAACAGCAAGCCCUGCAAGCCACCGCUGCUGCUGCAGUCGGCCAACAACCAAAGUACACGCAGGUGGUAAUGCCGCCGAACGUCAAGGGAAACACGUACUACGUCACGAACGCCGCGAACGUCUCCAACGUGCUGAAUCAGAAAGGUGUCAUCAUCCAAACGGUGGACGCAUCCGGCAACACCGUCUAUCAGCAGAUACCGCUGCAAAACGUGUCCGGCUUGAGCGGCGCCACCAUACUAACCGGCCCGCCAGGGCUAAUCAAAACCGAACCGGAGACAAAGCUUAGCCAAAUCCCCGCGCUGGUACCGACCAGCUCGCUGCACCAAAAUAUUCCGGCCCUGACACCGGUCGUCAUACAGCCCAGUGGGGGCCAGCAGCAGGGCACCACCACCGUGGUGCAGCAGCAGCAGCAGCAGCAACAACAGCAAGCUGCCACCAUACCGGCACUCAUCACGAACAUUUCGCAGCAACAGCAGCAGCAGCAAAAGCCACAGGUACAGCAGCAGGUGAUUUUCCGCCCCGUCGGUGGAACGAACAAUGUGCAAACGAUUUUGCCGCAAGGCAUUACGCUUAUCCAGCGGCCCGGCGGACAACCGAAGCUAGUGCAAACGAUUCAGCAACCGGCCGGUGCGGGGCAACUGAAAGCAGCGGCCACGGCGGGCCAGGCUGGACAGCGUACGAUUAUCACGCAACUUCCUCAGCAGCAGCAGCAGCAGCAAACCCAGCAGCAGCACACGAUUCAGUUCCAGGCGCCGGGAUCGCAGCGUUCGGGCGGUACGACCAUUCAGCUAGUCCAGCAACCUCAGCAGCAAGGCCAAACCCAGCAGAUACAGGUACAGCGUGCCCAGCUGAAGCAGGUGCAGCAGCAGCAGCAAGGCACUACGGUUACGAUACAGCAACAGUCGCAGGGCAGUGGCCAGCAACAGCAGCAGCAGCAGCCGCAACAGACCCAGCAGCAGCAGCAAGCGGGCGCAAGAAAAGGGCUUUCUAUUUCUAGCAAGUAUUACAUGGAAGCUCACGACAUGUUUAAACGGGCCAACUGCGUGUCACGCUUGGAAAAGGCAAUCAUUAUCGGUUUCAUGGCCGGUUAUCGAAACAAUCCUAGACCGUCGCCGGAAAACAUGGUUACCAUCAAGCUAAACGAAAGCUUUGAAACAGUGCACCAAGACGACAGGACGGCACUGAUGCUGGUAGAGUCGCUCAUCACGCUCGACUACAACACGGGUCAGUGGAGAACAUUCCGAAAGUAUCGUGAAGUCGACCAAACGCAACCGCACGCGGAAGGUGCUAGCGGCGACACGGCAGUGGCAACCGCCGGCGCUAAUACUGCGGCCACCGGGGCGAGUGGGACGACGGCCGCCGCCGCCGCCGGGCAGCAAAAUUCAGUAGUUAUUUAAUAUUUAGCAUAGAGUGCACGCAAACCGCGGUAGCGAACCGCCGCCACAAGUAGCGUUGGAACGGACGGGUGUCCCGUGGCGCAUGUAGUCCUGUCCCCGUGUGCCCCCUUGCUGUGCAGCUAUUAGGCCCUAUCAGCCCCGGAAGGAAACGCGCGUAGUGAUUAGACCGGUGUGACACAUUUGCAGCGGAAAAGGUGAUACAGAGUCGUUGCAAGAGGCGGGCGAAUGGGGCACACCGUUAGGCAAAUUAUGAAGUAUGUAAGUAGUGAAUAUAUAUAUAGGAAUUAUAGGAACGAUAGGGUAAAAGUAAAAGAAAAAGAAAAAUGCCAACGUAACAGGUGAGCAGGAAAAAGAGCAGAAGCUUUUGCAGAGCGAUUCUAAGAAUCAAGCACCACGUUUGGAGCUGUGGUGGCUCUGUUUUCGAAAAGUGAGGAGAAUGUUAGGUUCGAUGAGUGUUUGGAAAAUGUUUUAGUCGAUUCGGUUUUAGCCGGAACAUCAUUUGAGCGUUGUUUUCGCUUCGAAAGAUGUGUGUGUGUGUGUAUUGUAUAAAGUGAUGUGCAUAUUAGGUUUGUUUUAGCUUUUGUUUUCCUCAAACACUCUGUACAUAGUAUGAAACAGGGGCUACACACACACACGCAAAAGUCAUCGGUAGCGCAGGGCACCCGCAGGAAUGUUGCACCCUUUUUGCCUGGAGGUCUGGCAAACGCAGCCGCGACCAUAGAGCGCGGUGUUUGUGAUGAGCAUUUGGGUAGGAGCUUUAGCAGUUUCGUCAGCUUGCGUCAGCUUGUGCGAAUUUUUGGUUAGUUUUUCUUCGUUUUUUAAACGCAUCUACAGUUUCAGACCAUUUUAUUCUACCUUCAUUUGCGUCGUGUGCUGAUGGCAACACAUAUAUAUAUAUAGAGACAUCUCGUAGCCUGUAUUGUCUCCCACAUUCUCAAGACAAUAGCAAUAGCAUAACACGAAUGGGGUGUUUUGCUUUAAGUUGUAGCAAUCAUUUAGACUAUGUUUUUUAAUGUAACUAAGCUUUCAUGUGUAUAAACUAAACGCAUUUUAGUUCACGGUGGCCGAUAAGUGUUUGUUGCGAAUGUUUAGUUUAGACAUCCUGUAUCAAAAUAACAAAAAAGAGAUAUCGAAAUAUAUGCGUAAACGACAAAAAAGGACAA